AUGGAAAAGGCAGAAUGCGAUCGGCAGAUGGCGCCACCUACGAUGGAGAAUGGAAGGAAAAUGAGAAGAACGGAAAAGGUGUUUUUGUAUCCAGCUUUCUUUGAUGAAAGAAUUAAGAAAAAGCGAGAAGAUCAAUGGCAAAGGAUUUUUGACAAGUAUUCAGUGGAAGACCCGGUCGAUGACGUUAUUGAUAUCCGGACGCUUACCAUAAUCGAAGACAACGGGCACAUUCGAGGCAAGAAGCGCCAGCCCUUUGGAGCAACAGACUGGGCUUCAAUAUGUAAUGGAGCAUCUUCUGAUCCCGCUCCAAAAAAGAGAAGGAAAGCCUUGAAGAGUGAGGAGAGCGUUCCAGCUCCCGCUCCGAAAGGUAAAAGGAAGGCCUUGGAAAGUGAUGAGAGUGCUCCAGCUCCCAAAAGGAGGCAGGUGCGGGCGAAGAAAAACGCUCCAGGACCCGCUCCUAAAAGGAAACAUUUGGACUUGGAUGAGACCACUCCAGUUCCUGCUCCCAAAAGGAGGCACGUGAGAGCAAAGAAGGACGCUCCAGCUCUCAUUCCGAAAAGGAGCCAUGUGCAGGCGGAUGUGGACGUUCCAGCUCCUGCUCACAAGAGGAGGAACGUGCGGGAGAAGAAGGACGCUCCAGCUCCUGCUGUGAAAAGGAGGAACGUGCAGACGAACAAGGGCGCUCCAGCUCCCCCUCCAAAAAGGAGGCACAGGGAAGAAGACGAGGCCAGGGAACAGGAUGAGGCCAUUGCAGGUCCAUCGAACGUCCGCCCGAUCGCAAGGAGCCGAUUGGAGGACAUUUGCAGUCAGUUGAGGCAAAUGCAGCAGCAGGUGUCUUCCAGGGACCAGGGUUGUGACGUAGACGCCGCAUCAUCGCCGGCCGUCAUCCCCCUCCCGGCACGCCGCACCACGCGGCAAUCCUCCUCCUGCUCCUCCUCCUCCUCCAUCAUCCCCCGGGCGGCACAUCGCGCCCGGCGGAUCUCCUCCAGCUCCUCUUCGCCGUCAUCGGAGGACAUCGGCCCGGAUGCCGCAGACACGGACAUCGCCGCCCCUCCUGCCGCCCGAAAUCCUGUUGCGGUGGUUGCUGAUGGCGGAGACGCGGCUCCGAAGCGGAGGUGCCGCCCUGUACUGCCGCCCCCGCCCCCGGUGCGUCGUUCGACGCGAGCGGUGCGCCCGGUCGAGCGGUACCAGGCACCUGCCAAUUCGUUGCCGCGCCGCCCCCGUCUGCUGCCCCCCAGCAGGCGUCCCCGAACAGGUCUUCAAUCUCAAGAGUGA